GGGCUUCUAUAGGUAGUUGACAAAGAAUGAGCCAAACCAUGGGCAAGAUCGAAAAGAUGACGGAAUCGGAGUACACGUCCUUCAUGCGCGUCCUCUUCGGCCUCUCGAGCCCCUCACCGGUACCACCAGACCUGGCAUCCGAUCCGGAGCUCACAAAGAUCCAAUGGAUCGACCCGUCCCUAAACGACUCCCAAAAGGACGCCAUCCGCUUCGCCCUCGCAUCCCGCGAAGUAGCCCUCAUCCACGGCCCGCCAGGCACCGGCAAAACCCACACCCUAAUCGAACUAAUCCUCCAACUCACAAAACUCAACCUCCGCAUCCUCGUCUGCGGCCCCUCCAACAUCUCUGUCGACAACAUCGUAGAACGCCUCGCCCCGCACAAGCUCCCCAUCCUCCGCCUAGGCCACCCAGCCCGCCUCCUCCCCAGCGUCCUCGCCCACUCCCUCGACGUCCUCACCCAGACCUCCGAGGCGGGCGCCAUCGUAAAGGACGUCCGCGCCGAAAUGGACGCAAAGCAGGCCUCCAUCAAAAAGACGCGCAACGGCCGCGAGAAGCGCCAAAUCUACGCGGACCUCAAGGAGCUCCGCAAGGAGUUCCGCGAGCGCGAGCGCGGGUGCGUGAGUAACCUCAUCCGCGAGAGUAAAGUCGUCCUGGCGACGCUGCACGGCGCGGGCGGGCACCAGCUCCGGGACCAGCAGUUUGACGUCGUCAUCAUUGAUGAGGCGAGCCAGGCUCUCGAGGCGCAGUGCUGGGUGCCCUUGCUGUCGGCCAAGAAGGCUGUCUGUGCAGGUGAUCAUCUGCAGCUGCCGCCGACCAUCAAGUCGCUCAAUUCCAAAGUGAAGGCGGCGGUACCGCCAGCAACGGUCCCAAAAGAAGACGCGGAGAAGCACAUCAAGGGCAUGACGCUGGAGACAACCCUGUUCGAUAGACUGCUCGCCCUGCAUGGGUCAUCCAUCAAGCGUAUGCUCACCACGCAGUACCGCAUGCACGAGAACAUUAUGAGGUUUCCCUCGGACGAGCUCUACGAGGGGAAGCUCAUCGCCGCGGACGCGGUAAAGGAGCGCUUGCUCAAAGACCUACCGUACGAGGUCGAGGACACGGAAGAUACCAACGAGCCGCUCAUCUUCAUCGACACGCAAGGGGGCGACUACCUCGAAAGGAGCGAGGACGACGACAAGGACGCUGUCAAGAAGGCAAAGUUCAGCUUGCACGGGGAGAGUAAGAGCAACGAGAUGGAAGGGGCUCUGGUCCGGCAACACGUCCAGAAGCUGGUCGACGCGGGAGUCAAGCCAGAGGACAUUGCCGUCGUGACCCCUUACAACGCUCAGCUCGCCAUCUUAGCGCCCCUGAAAGAACGGUUCCCGGGCAUCGAGCUGGGCAGCGUGGACGGCUUCCAGGGCCGUGAAAAGGAGGCCGUCCUUGUCAGCCUUGUACGGAGCAACUCCGUGGGAGAAGUAGGGUUCCUGGGCGAGAAGCGCCGACUGAACGUGGCGAUGACGAGACCCAAACGCUCGCUGACGGUGAUCGGGGAUUCGGAGACAGUCAAGAGAGGCAGCAACUUUCUCAAGAGGUGGAUGGACUUCCUCGAAGAGAACGCUGAUCUGCGUUAUCCGGAUUUAUCGUCACUUCAAGGGUCCUGAAAGGUCCCCAAAUUUGGGAUGGUUGGGCAGGCCGUGGGCUGGCGGCGGCACCGAGAAACCAUCUUCCAUGCAAGGCCCGCCCCUAAUGUCAACCUUUAUGCGACGAGAGGACUCGUGGCGACAAAAGAACAGACGAUCUGGAAUACCGACGAACCGGCUUUGUCGAUGUGGUAGCCCGCCGUGGAGAAGGGAGCUGGGAUGAAUCCUUAUGCGGUAGGAUGUGCUGGUUUCCCAACGUUGCCAAAAUAGGAAAGGGCUGCAUUGUCUGACUUUUUGGCGCGGCGUAUCGUAGAAUUUUGAAUCGGCCGUCAACCAUGCUCGCGGCCCACAGGGGUUCAUUGGGGG